UCGCAUAUUCUCUACUGGAACUUAUUUUAGUAUUUUUACUUGUCAGCAGCAAAUAUGCGCGUUACAAAAGCGUGAACGCUACAAGAACAAUUCAACCAAUAAAUCGAUUAAUUAUAAAUGUUUUAGUAGUUGCACAUUUAGCUGUAAAUCGAUAAGUCCUAGCCAAAUCAUGUUGCAUCAUGGAGAGGAUGAGCUAGCUAGCAUGAGGUUAUGGCCACGGCGGUAAUGUAAACUCAUUAACAUUAGCGAGCACCACGUGACAUUCGGAGGACCGUAAUAAUCCGUAUGUAGAGGUACCAACACCUGUCGUAAUGUCUGCUCUGUAUCGGCGUGUUCUGUUCAACCGUGUUUCUGCAUUAAAACAACAGACAGGUUGGAUUCAGGUGAUGAGAUUUGGCUUUAGUGCGCCUCCAACACGGUGGAAGACACAGCACACAGCUGACCCCAGCACGAUGCCUGACAAGGCAGCAAAGCUCAGUGUUUCUAGUUCAAGGUGCCUUUCAAGUUCAGCUGAGGAUGGGAGAGCUCGAGUGAAGAGAGUUUCUAUCGAGGGCAACAUUGCUGUUGGAAAGUCGACCUUUGCAAGGCUCCUUCAGUCAGCCUGUCCAGACUGGGAGGUGGUGCCAGAGCCUGUCAGCAAGUGGCAGAGCAUUGAGAGUGGGACCUCAAAGGGGUCAGCCGAGUCCACCCAGACGACAGUCAGCAACCUCCUGCAGAUGAUGUACCAGGACCCUCAGCGCUGGUCGUACACAUUUCAGACAUAUUCCUGCAUGAGCCGCCUAAGAACGCAGCUGCAGCCUCCUCCGGCUAACCUGCUCAGCUCAGGGGGAACACCUGUCCAGGUGUAUGACCGCUCAGUCUACAGCGACAGAUACAUCUUUGCCCUGAACAUGUUCGAGCUGGGUUGUAUCAACUCUACAGAGUGGGCAGUCUAUCAGGGCUGGCACUCCUUCCUGGUGGAGCAGUUUGGACACCAGGUGGAGCUGGAGGGCAUCAUCUACCUCAGAGCCCCACCAACGAAAUGUAUGGAGCGUCUGGAGAACCGAGGACGAGCAGAAGAGAAGGGAGUGAAACUGGACUAUCUGGACAAGCUUCACGUUCAACACGAGAGGUGGCUCAUUGACAAGAGCACUGAAGUACAUUUUGAGAAGCUGAAACAGAUACCUGUGUUGCAACUUGAUGCCAGUGUGGAGUUUCAGAGUGACCCAGAGGUGCGGGAGCAGUUUAUAACAAAGGUGAAGAACUUCUUCAGCUCUUUAUGAGAAGACAGUCGCCAGCUGACGUCAGCGGUGGGAAACAGAUGAAACCAGUCAGACCUCAGUCAAGUGUGUUAACUGACGUAAAACUGCACAUGAGCCUCUCACAGAGUGAAGGAAAUGUGAAUUAAUAGAAAAGGUUUUGAUAAGGACCAUUGUACACGAAACACAGUUUUGUCUGUUUGAAUGUGCUGCUUCUAAAGAGACUUGUUACAUCUUUUUUAAUUUGUUUUGAGAUUGUUUUGUAGUCACGUUUUUUCCAUUUGCAAUCCCUCUGCCACAACGAUUCGCAUAUCUGAGCACUUCAAACGCAGACCAGUUCAGUGAUUUUAUAGCCUGUGUAAUUUAAAAACUAUAUCUGCACUCUCACUUUGACCGUUGGAAACAGUUUACUGAAUAGCGUAAAGUUUUUGUGUAUCUCACUGUUUUACACAUUCCUGACUGACAACCUGGAGCUAGCAAGU